AUGUCCGAAGCCGUUUUUGCUCCCGUCAAGAUUGCCAAGUCUACCAUCUCUGUUGAAGAAUAUCGCAGCCGCAAGGUUGCUCUUAUCACUGGUGUUACUGGUCAAGACGGCUCUUAUCUUACCGAGUUUUUGCUCAAGAAGGGUUAUGAGGUGCAUGGUAUCAUUCGUCGAUCCUCCUCAUUCAACACGGGUCGUAUCGAACACAUUUACAAGGACCGUCAUGAUGAGAACGUCAAGUUCUUUUUGCACUAUGGUGAUUUGACCGAUUCGACUUGUCUUGUGCACAUCAUUGCUCAAAUCCAGCCCACUGAAGUCUACAACUUGGCUGCUCAAUCCCACGUCAAGGUCUCUUUUGACAUGUCUGAAUACACUGGUGAUGUGGAUGCCCUUGGUACUUUGCGUCUUUUGGAUGCUAUCCGCACUUGUGGUUUGCAAGAUCGUGUCCGUUUCUACCAAGCCUCUACUUCCGAGUUGUAUGGUAAGGUGGUUGAAACCCCACAAAAGGAAACCACUCCCUUCUAUCCUCGUUCGCCCUAUGGUGUUGCCAAGUUGUAUGGUUACUGGAUCACUGUCAACUACCGUGAAUCAUAUGACAUGUACGCUUGCAAUGGUAUUCUCUUCAACCACGAAUCCCCACGCCGUGGCCGUACCUUUGUGACACGCAAGAUUUCUCGUGCUGUUGCUGAUAUCCAUUUGGGUCGUCAAGAAUGCUUGUAUCUUGGUAACAUUGAUGCCAAGCGUGAUUGGGGUCAUGCUCGUGACUAUGUCGAAGGCAUGUGGCUCAUGCUUCAACAAGACAAGCCUGAAGAUUUCGUUUUGGCCACUGGUGAAACUUACACUGUCCGCAGCUUCGUCGAAAAGGCAUUUGCUGUCACCGGCCGCAAGAUUGUUUGGGAAGGCGAAGGCGUCAAUGAAAUUGGCAAGGAUGCUGAAACCGGAAAGGUGCGUGUUCGUAUUGAUCCAAAGUACUUCCGCCCUGCCGAAGUCGAACUUUUGCUUGGUGAUCCUGCAAAGGCCAACGAAAAACUUGGCUGGAAGCGCAAGGUCAGCUUUGAUGAGCUUGUUACUGAAAUGGUUGUCGCCGACAUUGAAGGUUCCCUUAAGAACGAUACCUACAACUAA